ACAUCCCAAACCAACAUAUUUAGCCUACUUUGAUCACCGUAACUUGCACUUUUAGGUCGACCUCAUAUAGGAUUAGGUCGACCAAAUCUGCCGUUUCAGUCUUGUACUAGAAGGCAACUUACUUCGUAGCAAUUUCGAGCUUUUUGUUUGAAGUCUUCUAGAUAUCCAAUAUUUCAUCCAAUGCAUUGACUUUGUAGACAAACAAACCUAAUUUCAUGUGGUAGAGGCCCCUUAGACUCGAUCACUCGAAUCUCAACCAUGCUUCUCGAAUUGAGCUCCAAAAUAGGCUUCACAAACACUUUCCCAGAUGGCAGUUUCCUAGUUUUGGCAUAGCCUUUUGAUCAGGUUAAAAAAUGGUCUUUUGGACUUCCUAUCGAGCUCCCAAGCACUUCAAUGUGUAGAGGGACACUCCAGCUUCAAAACAAGCCAUUAAUCUCUAAUUUCCAUCGAGCCAAUUGUAAUAUAUGUAUCUCCAAAGUAGGCAUCAAGAAACUGUUUUUACACUGAAACAACAUAUUAGGUCUACCUAAUCCUAACCGAGGUCGACCGAAAAGUGCAAGUUAUGGCAUGUCACCAUAGGCGCACCCUAACUUAUAUGCUAAGAAAAUUCACACUUAUUUUAACUAUCGAAAAUCACUUUUAAUUGGAAAGUCUAUGACAAUAAUUUAUGCAGAUUUUUGUAUAACUUGCUUAUUUUCAUUCAUUAGAAAAAGAAAGGCACAAAGAAGCUACACACUUGAAUUGUCAAUAAUUCGGUAUUUGAGAAAAUGUAUUCAAUACUAUUAGCUUUAUUCAUAAAUUAACUCGGAAAUGCGACUAUAUAUAUCACUGCAUAUAGCCUCCAUUUUCUCGAACCACUGCCCAAACCCCAAGCUUCUUCUCAUUUCCCCUUUUUCUCUCCACUCCAGCAAAGAAGAUGGGCGGCGCGAUUAUCAGCGACUUCAUUCCCAGCAACCGCAGCAUCACUGCCGCUGACAUCUGGCCCAAGCCCAAGACUUCCAUCAGCAAGAUCAGCCCUUAUGAGCCCUUGCCGUCCAAAACAUCCCAACCCUCUUCAGGUGGUGGGCGAUCGGGUUACAGAUCAGCCACGAGCACCAAGAAGCAGAGGAAGAACUUGUACAGAGGGAUCAGGCAGCCUCGAUGUUGACAGACGAGGAAGCCAUAAUUUAAAUUGCUUAAAUCAAUGGAGGCAGACACCAAUCAAGCUCAAAUUACCCAGAAAGCAAAAUUCAAGAGGACUUUUUUUUUUUGUGUGUGUGUCUCAACUGUCAUCUUGUAACAAUGUAACAAAAUGUUUUGAGUCAUGGUCAGAUAGAGCCGAGUCCAAGUUAAUAUAAUUCAGCGUCGCUUUGAUUCUCAAGUUGAACACUUGAAUUCUUAUAUUUAUAGUUGAGAUCCUAAAUUCCUACAAGCAAAGGAUCUCUAGGAUUUCAUAACCGGAUUAGAUGUUGAACUGAAAAAUUAGUAAUUUAUGAUAUAAUGGUUAACCGUUAUAAAACCAUUGGUUAAUCAUUUCUAGAACCAUUCAUACAGUACAAAAUCAAAGACAAAUAUGACACUAAUUUAGGACUUAAUUUGUGAAGGAUAAAUUACCGGAAAAAAAAGUUUGACAAGGAUAAAAAAAAAUUCAAAUUCAUAUUAUUUAUCACCAAAAUUUGAGCAUUUAGACAAUCUUCAAAAAGAAAUCAUAAUUUUUUUAUAAAAUUAGUAAUUAUUGUGGCGGUUGAUACUGGAUGGCAUGAAUUCAAAAGAAGGCUAGAAAAUGAAAAAGAGAAAGUAGAAAUAAAAUUAGUUCGUUCUAAAAAAAAGUUAAGUAGUUUUAGAUGAUCGUAGUUCAUGUUGUAAUAUUUUUUCCUUAAUAUAGUUGAUCGAUCAAAAUUAGGAUGAUUCAUUAUGUUCCAUGUACAACCGUGAAAAAUCAUUAUAUUUAUCCUUAUAUCACCCAAGCAAAUGAACCGAACACUAUUGUAUUUGAUUUUGGUUGUUCUACUGGUCCGGCCACUGUACUAUAUAUUUUCUCUUGCGGAUAAGAGAAGCAUCAGAUCAAGGUUGUCAAACCGGUUUAUACCGUUGUGCCGGUUUGGCAAGUGGAAUGAUACGACCGGUGGUAUAAUCAAUUUGUGCCGAUUCAUGCCGGUCUAAAAAAAUGUGAAAACAAUUAAUAUCCAAUGUAUUUAAUCAUAUAUAAAACAUAUUUGUGGACAAUUUAGUUACAAUCCAACAAAUAUCAUCAACUUUUAACUAUUAAUUCAUAACAUAACAUGAAUAAUAAAUUAUUAUUUUUAUU